AUGACGGUCAUUACCAGUGCGAGCGGCCUGCUGGCCAUGCUCGACGAGGAGGAGCCGGCUCUCCGCGUGUACGCUCUCAAGAAUCUGAAUCUGCUCGUCGGCCAGUUCUGGGCCGAGAUCUCCGCGAACAUCUCCACCAUUGAGAGCUUGUAUGAGGAUGAGACGUUCGACCAUCGCGAGCUGGCAGCGCUUCUGGCCUCCAAGGUGUUUUACUAUCUGGGCGAGCUCACCGACUCACUCACUUACGCCCUUGGCGCGGGGUCGCUGUUUGACGUCUCGGAGGACUCGGAAUACGUGCAGACGCUCAUUGCCAAGUGCAUUGACGAGUACAUGGAUCUCAGUGUCAAGCGUGCCGACUCCCACGACCCCGACGCCGACUAUCCUCUUGACCCGCGCCUCGUGGCCAUUGUGGAGCGGAUGCUGGACAACUGCAUUGAGGAGCGUCAGUUCCAGCAGGCCAUCGGAGUGGCACUGGAGUGCCGCCGACUUGACAAGCUCGAGGCUGCCGUUGCCAGGAGUGGCAACUCGCGCUCGCUGCUCGCCUACUGCCUGCAGGUCUCUCACUCUCUUGUCAACCGCCGACAAUUCCGGCAGCAGGUUCUAUCGACGCUGGUUAGGCUGUACCAGCAGGCAGAGACCCCCGACUACAGCAGCAUCUGCCAGAUGCUCAUGUUCCUCAGCGACGCAGCAGGGGUGGCGGCCACACUGGACCGACUCAUCAAGGGGCAACACGAGUCUGACGCUUUACUAGCCUACCAAGUCGCCUUUGACCUGUUUGAGAACGAGUUUCAGCAGUUCCUGCUGUCCGUGAGGGAUGCUCUGCCUGAUCCGCCUCCCCCGCUUGCGCCUGCCCCGGCUGUCCCGGCUUCUGCUGAUGCUGAUGCCGCUGCUGCUGCUGCUGCUGCUGCUGCUGCUGCUGCUGCUGCUGCUGCUGCUGCUGCUGCUGCUGCUGCUCCGGAGGCGGAUGGUGGUGCUGCGGCUGCUCCUGCAGCAGCUGAUUCUGAGGCAGCGGCGGCUGGUGGUGAUGCUGCAGCAGGUGCAGCAGCAGCAGAGGGAGGCAAUGCUGCUGAUGCUUCUGAUGCGGCUGCAGCAAUGGAGACUGAGGAAGGGAAGGAGGGCGAAGGGGCAGCUAAGGCAGAUGGGGGAGAGGCGACAGGUGCGGCUACAGCAGCCGCUGAGGAUGGGGCAGCCAAGCCUGCCGCCGAGGCUGACGGGACAAGCACCAUGGACACCACCGAGGCAGCUGGUUCCGGUUCGGCCGAAGCUGGAGGUCCGGGGGAGGGCGAGGCGGCUGCCGAGGCUGCGCCAAGCGAGGAGGUGGUGUAUGCGGAGCGAUUGGCGAAGCUGAAGGGGAUUCUGACAGGGGAGACUCCGAUCGGCCUCACCCUGCAGUUCCUGUACAGCCACAACAAGGCGGACCUGGGAGUGCUGAAGGCGAUCAAGCAGGUGGUGGAGACGCGCAACAGCGUGUGCCACAGUGCUACUAUUGUGGCCAACGCAUUCAUGCAUGCGGGCACGACUGUUGACACCUUCCUCAGAGACAACCUGGACUGGCUGAGCCGAGCGACCAACUGGGCGAAAUUCAGUGCCACAGCCGGCCUGGGGGUGAUACACAGGGGGCACCUGCAGCAGGGGCGCUCGCUCAUGGCUCCUUACCUGCCCCACGGGGCUGGGGGCGGCGCAGGGGCAGCAGGGGGAGCAGGGGGGCUGAGUGGGAGUGCGUUUUCGGAGGGCGGGGCGCUGUAUGCUCUGGGGCUCAUUCAUGCGAACCACGGGGAGAGCAUCAAGGGCUUCCUGCUCGAGAGCCUUCGCAACACCAGCAACGAGGUGUGCGCAGUGGCAGGGAAAAAUGGUGUAGGGUUAGUGGAAUGUGGGACGAUCCAGCACGGGGCGUGCCUGGGAGUGGGGCUGGCGGGCAUGGGCACGGGCGACGAGGAGGUGUAUGAGGACGUGAAGAGGGUGCUCUACACUGACAGUGCUCACGGGGCGUGCCUGGGAGUGGGGCUAGCGGGCAUGGGCACGGGCGACGAGGAGGUGUAUGAGGACGUGAAGAGCGUUCUCUACACUGACAGCGCCGUGGCGGGGGAGGCGGCGGGGAUCGCGAUGGGGCUGCUGCUGGUUGGGUCGGCGAGCGAGCGGGCGGCGGAGAUGCUGGCUUAUGCCCAUGACACACAGCAUGAGAAGAUCAUCAGAGGGCUGGCCGUGGGGAUUUCGCUGGUGGUGUAUGGGCGGGAGGAAGAGGCCGAUAUUCUCAUCCAGCAAAUGACGACGGACGCCGACCCGAUCCUGCGCUACGGCGGCAUGUACGCCAUCGCCAUGGCUUACCGUGGCACCGCCAACAACGGCGCCAUUCGGCAGCUUCUGCACUUUGCCGUCAGUGACGUCAGCGAUGACGUCAGGCGCGCUGCCGUGCUGUGCCUGGGCUUCGUGCUCUGUGCGGAGCCGGAUCAGGUUCCCCGCAUGGUGUCUCUCCUAGCCGAAUCAUUCAACCCCCACGUGCGCUAUGGGGCAGCCAUGGCGGUCGGCAUCGCCUGUGCCGGCACGGCGCAGCGGAGCGCCGUCGACCUGCUGGAGCCGCUCACGUCGGACGGGGUGGACUUUGUGAGGCAGGGCGCCUUAAUUGCCACAGCCAUGGUGCUCAUGCAGUGCUCGCAGGAGAGGGAGCCGCGCGUGGUGACCUUCAGGGCAUGCUGUGCGGCAGGGCGCCUUAAUUGCCACGGCCAUGGUGCUCAUGCAGUGCUCCCAGGAGAGGGAGCCACGGGUGGUGACCUUCAGCUGGAGAAGGCCUUUUGCAUUCACGACAAGCACAAGGACACCAUGUGCAAGAUGGGCGCCUUUUUAAAGAGGAGGGUGAUCCGGUCUUGUCUCUUCGCCCGAGUCACUGUAUGUCCCUCUCUCCUACCUCCUCCUCAUCUUACCAGGCGCCAGCUGGAGAAGGCCAUUCAGGACAAGCACGAGGACACCAUGUGCAAGAUGGGCGCCAUUCUCGCUUCCGGAAUCCUCGACGCAGGCGGCCGCAACGUCACCAUCUCCCUCCGCUCCCGCUCCGGCUACGACCGCGUAACCGCCGUCAUCGGCAUGGCACUAUUCACCCAGUACUGGUACUGGUUCCCGCUGCUGCACUUCCUCUCUCUCUCCUUCUCCACUACAGCCCUCGUCGGGCUUCAAGGGGAUCUUAAGGCGCCGAAAUUCGACUUUGUUUCGGAGUGCCGCCCGGGGCUGUUUGCGUACCCGCCGCCUGCGGUGGUGGCGAGUAGCAGCGCUGCUGUGAAGGCGCCGGUUGCGGUGCUGUCGACGGCUGCUAGGGCGAAGGGGAGGGCGAAGGAGAAGGAGGAGAAGAAGGAGAAGGAGGAGAAGGAGGAGGAGAAGAAGGAUGGGGGAGAGGGGAAGGGUGGGGAGGGUGGGGUUGCAGCAGCGAUGGAUGGAGUAAAAGGGGGCGAGGAGGAGGGAGGGAAGAAGGGAGAGGAGAAGAAGGCAGGAGAUGCUAUGGAUGUAAGUGCUGGUCUGCCCUGCCCCUCUCAUUUCCUCUAG